GGAGGAGCUUUACCCACUGCUGGACUCUCUCUCUCUCUCUCUCUCUCUCUCUCUCUCACAGACACACAGACGUGAUCUCUCUCAGAGGACCAGGAGGAACAUCCAGACGGAGCGUCUUCUACCACCAGGACAGUCUUUCCUUUCAGUCAUGGACGUCGCCCCUCGUCCCCUCUUGUUGGUUUACACAUAUUUGGCCGCUGCUCUGAUUGGUGGAGCUCACUUGGAGAGUGUGUGUCUUCAGGAUGGCGUGCACAAGGCCACACCCGGACCAGAGCGCCACCUGGGGGAGUGUGCGUUAUAUGCUGACAACAGCUGCUGCUCAGGAGACGACAUCCGGGACAUUUCCCACGUUCCCUCUGCCGCCAACAGCAAUGAACCCUGGGACAAAUGUGGGCCAAUCAGCUCUCAGUGUGAGGGUUUCCUUAAGCGUGUGUCCUGCUUCUACCGCUGCUCCCCCGACGCCGCCCGCUGGCCUCACCCCCAUCAGCGCUCCUACAUCCAGGCUGUGCCGCUCUGCCACAGUUUCUGCCGUGAUUGGUUUGACGCCUGCAGGAUGGACGUGACCUGUGCUCGGAACUGGGCCACAGACCCCAGGGGCCAGAACUGCACCGGAGCCUGUGUUCAGUACCAGCAGAUGUACCAGCACGGCAGGGAUCUGUGUGAGAGCCUGUGGGGCGACGCCUUCAUGACAGUGGAGGACGACACGGACGACACGGGGGAGGCCGCGCAGGCCGCAGGGGAGGGCGAUGGCGGUCGACCCUGCGGCUGCCUGACCCUCAGCCCGUCGGACAAGGAUGUGAUGGCCGCUCUCAGAGCUCGGCAGGACGACCCAGAAGAGCUGGACACCACCAAGGCUGACCUGCCUCAGUACCGAGCCCCGUGCCGGACCAAGAUGGCCGACAAGGACAAGGAGGAACGGAAGAAGAACACGGUGCUGCGCAAACGCUCACUGAUGGUGGAGGACGUGGAAGGAAGUGGGAGUGGCUUGUAGAGGAGGGGAGAGAGUGGGAGAGAGAGAGCAGUUUAAUUAGCGUUAAUUGUCUAAACAUCUGUGUCCGUAUCUGUGGAGUUCUAACCUCGUUCCUGUAGUAAACUUCAUCACUUUAACGUCAGCAGCAGGUCAGGUGAUGAUGACAUCACAGGUCAGGUGAUGAUGUCAGUGAUCAGCAGCUUCAUGAUCUGCUCUGAGGUUUCUGUUUCCUCCAGUAUCUCAUCAAUAAAGACGUCCUAAAGGUCA